AUGCAGGUAGAACUAUAUGCGGAAUACGAUACUAAGAUGCUGCUUCCAUUCUUACGUGGCAGUCAACAUUACAAGUUAGAAAAGGCAUAUGAACUUUGUGUCAAGAAAGAUCUAUUAAGAGAGCAGGUGUUUAUCCUGGGGAGGAUGGGAAAUGCAAAACAAGCUCCUGCCGUCAUCAUAAAUAAACUGCGUGAUAUAUAG